AUGUGGUCCCAGCGCGACCCUAGCCUUCGCAAAAGUGGUCUUGGCAAUGUUUUCGUCCGAAACCUGGACCGGAACAUCGACAACAAGGCUUUGUACGAUACCUUCAGCCUCUUCGGCAACAUCCUCUCCUGCAAGGUUUGCACCGGGCCAGAUGGUAAGUCCCGCGGAUACGGUUUUGUGCAUUACGAGACCGAAGAGGCGGCCAAACAGGCCAUUGAGCGCGUCGACGGCAUGCAAAUCGGGGAGAAGACGGUUGCAGUUGCUGGCUUCGUGAAGCGUCAAGAUCGUGAGAAGCCAGCAAUGAACACCUUCACUAAUAUUUACAUCAAGAACUUCCCUGACGACUGGGACGAGGACAAGCUCAAGGCGGAGUUCGCACCGCACGGAAGUAUCACGUCCUCCCAUGUGACGACCGACAACAAGGGCCGGAAGUCUGCAUUCCUCAACUACGAGACUCACGACGGGGCUGUUCAGGCUAUCAGUACUAUGCACCAGAAGGAUUGCCGUACUGACGAGCAGAAGGAAGCAGACAAGGAAAAGGAAGAGGAAGAGAAAGAUCGCACCGAAAAGAGCUACUUGCUCUAUGUUGCCCGCGCGCAGUCCAAGUACGAGCGCCAAAUGGAGCUCAAGGAGAAGAUGCCGCCAAAGGACCCGGCGGCCGGACAGUCGUCACGUUCACAGGGUGUCAACCUCUACAUUAAAAACUUGGAUGAGGCCACGGACGACGACUCCUUAAAAGCUCUUUUCGAACCCUUUGGCAACAUCACGUCGGCGGUAGCCAUGAAGGAGGGUAAUGGCAAAUGCAAGGGCUUUGGCUUCGUGUGCUUCUCCUCUCCGGACGAAGCCACCAAGGCGGUUACCGAGAUGCACCUCAAGGUCGUGAAGGGAAAGCCUUUGUACGUGGGCCUGGCAGAGAAGCGUGACGUCCGAGCCGAGCGCCUGCGUCAGCGCUACUCCCCUAGCGGCAUGGGCAAGGGCAUGGGAGGAGGAAAAGGAAAGGGUGGAAAGGGCGGUAUGGGCAUGGGCGGCAUGGGCAUGGGUGGUAACCAGAUGUACGGUAACCCGAUGGGCGGCAUGGGUGGUCCCAUGGGAGGUCCGCCAAUGAUGGGCAUGGGUGGCAUGGGCAAAGGCAACAUGAUGGGCCCGGGUGGGCCGAAUCCAGGAAUGAUGGGCCAGAAGGGCAAGGGCAUGCCGAACAUGCCAAUGAACCCUCAGAUGAUGGGAAUGGGUGCCAUGGGCAAGGGCAUGCCUGGUGCGAUGGGAAUGCCCGGAGCAAUGGGCAAAGGAGGCAUGGCGAUGCCAAUGGGCCCCAUGGGCCCAAUGGGCCCAAUGGGAAUGAUGAGACCCGCCAUGCCUCAAAUGCCGAUGAUGCGCCCAGGCAUGCCUGCCCCAAUGCCACAGCCUACGCAGCCGACACCCGCCGCCAACCCAGGAUCUGGGCAGCAACUGACAGCUGCAGCCCUCGCCGCUGCUGCACCGCCA